AUGAACGGACAGAUAUUUCGAUCUAAAACGAAUAAUUUGCGACAACAUAGUGGAAGUAAAGCAUAUUUGUAUGAUGAAAGCAAGGACUCUAAUAACAAAGACUUUAACUCUCAUCCAGUAAUUAAGCUUACAGCAGAGCUAAUUGUUUUGCUCACAUUUAGAUUAAAUCGCCUAUCAAGAAACUAUCGGUUUGUCCACAAAGUGCUUUCAGCUGAAAAAAAGACCUUGCAGGAAAUAAGUGUUAUGAAUCGUCUAGGAUUGUCAAACAUAGCAGCAAUGUUUACGUUUUUAAACAAAUCUUUAAAUAGUAAGCCUAAAAGAGAUUCAGGAACGAAUUUUAUGCCACAAAGUGAGGACUUCACUAGUCUUGAUCACAAUGACUUCGUCCAAAUGUUAAUUGCUAUGUGGUAUGCACUAAUUGCUAAUACUGAGGUAAUAUGCUACUUGACUGUAUUUCUGAAUCAAGCAGCCAAUUCGUCUAUGAUUUCAUUACCAAUGCCGUUUUUGGUACUUUGUUGGGGUGCUUUAACAUUGCCAAGACCAACAAAAACUUUUUGGGUUACUUUAAUUACAUAUACUUUGGCGAUGAUAUUUUUGAAAUCCAUUUUGCACCAAAGAAUAGUAGUUGAGCAACAAUUAUUUAAUAAAUUAAACACUUUAAGUAUGGAACUUAUCAUGAAGCAUGGUAAUGCUGUUUACGAUCUACUUUUACUUGUUGUACUUUUUUGGCAUCGAUACAUGCUGAAAAAGCAAGGCAUUUGGACAAUUCAACGGACAAACUCUGAACUACUGGAAGAGGCGGGUACCGAAACAAAAAAAACAAUAAAAAGGGAUCCUACUAGUACAAUCGAGUUUCAGCAAGACAUGGACGAUGUUCUACGCUCAGGUAUGGAAAACAAAUAUGUAUAUCAAAACAUUGAAUCGGAAUAUUAUCGAAGAAAAAUGCAGCGUUUAGGACAUAAAGGGGGACUGCUGUCUGGAUUUAAUAAAUUUUUUUUAACUUUGAGACAUAAGGCACGAUUAUCAACUGAUGUUUAUACAUUGUUAUUUCUAUGCGAUUUUAUUAAUUUCUUUGUCCUUCUUUUUGGAUUUCCCAAGUUUUACCGUUACAAAUAUAGCUCAAGCGUACUGGAGACCUAUAUUCAGGGAAACAGAGUUCCCUCUAGCUUUCUUCUUAUGUUAAUUGUGCAGUUUAUUACUAUUGUGACAGAACGUGCGAUUUAUCUACGUAAAGCAUUAAUAUAUAAAAUUGUUUUUCAUUUUAUAACUGUUGCUGGUAUACACAUUUGGAUGUUUUUUUUAGUCCCUUACGUAACAGCGCACAGUUUCGGAGAAUCGGCACCAGUAUUCUUCUACUUAAUAAAAUGCCUACAUAUGUUGUUAUCUGCAUAUCAAAUAAGAUGUGGUUACCCAAAACGUAUAUUGGGAAAUGUAUUCACAAAAGGAUAUUCACUAGUUAAUUACAUAGCUUUUAAAAUCUACAUGGAAAUUCCUUUUUUGUAUAUUCUCCGAACCAUGUUAGACUGGGUAUGCAUAGACACAACUCUUACUGUAAUGGAAUGGAUUAAAAUGGAAGACAUUUUCCAGUCGGUUUUUAUUGUUCGUUGCUAUAGGCAAAUGGAUACAGAUUUUCCAGUACUGCGAGGAGAGCCCAAAGCGUUGUAUGUCAAACUUUUAAUUGGUGGAACAAUAAUUUUGGUUCUGAUAGCCCUCAUUUGGAGUCCAUUGUUUCUUUUUGCUCUGGUUGGAACUGUUGGCAAGCCUAAUAUACCUCGAAAAGCUGAGAUAUCAGUAAAAAUAAGUCAUUAUGAACCAAUUUACGUGUCCCAAAGCUACUCUGGAAUUUACCAAUUUUCAAAGGCAGAUUUUCAAGAGUUAACUAGCCGAAUUAUUCUGGAUAAUUAUGCAUCCGAUCAUUUAAUGGUGUAUGAUGCAGAUGACAUUACUGCUAUUAAGUUCUAUGCAAACUCAAUUACUUUAUGGAACAUGUCCCCACCUGAUAAGCUACGUUUAUUAGAUGAUCUUAAAAAUGGUAAGCCACUGGAAAUCCGUAUUACUCUUUCUUUAAAGUGUAAUUUGACACCGGAAGCUAUUAUAUAUGAAACUACUUUUAUACUUACAAAGAACAAAGCAAAUACCAGAAAAAAGCUUGUUAAUAUGAUAUCAGAGCGCAACAUCAAUGAGAAAAUAGUUAUACCAAAUAUUUUGCCGAAAUUUAUUACUGUUCAAAAGCAAGAAGCUCAUGCGAAACUUAUUAAGGACUACGAUGGCAUUUUUCGAACAGUUUCGACAGGCAUG